AGCAUUGGGACUGUGUUGCCCUUGGACCCUACUGGUGAAGUUCCAUACCACCUGUGCCUGCGAGGCUGGGGCUUCUUGUGUGGCUGAUCCCGUGGUCAGGACAUGUCUCAGGCGUGGAACAGUUCGACUGCCUCAGAGCUUCCUCCAGGAGGGAUUAUUGUACCAGUUGUCUUCUCUCUGAUUUUUGCCCUGGGUACAGUGGGAAAUGGAUUGGUCCUGGCUGUGCUGCUGAGGAACGGGCAGACCAAGUACAACACCACUAAUCUGUUCAUCCUCAAUCUGGGAGUAGCUGACCUCUGCUUCAUCCUGCUGUGUGUUCCCUUCCAGGCCACCAUCUACACCCUGGAUGGGUGGUUGUUUGGAGCCUUUCUGUGUAAAGCAGUGCACUUCUCCAUCUACCUAUCUAUGUAUGCCAGCAGCUUCACACUUGCAGCUGUAUCUGUAGACAGGUAUCUUGCCAUUCGUUACCCGCUCAAGUCAAGAGACCUUCGAACAUCAAGAAACGCCCUGGCAGCCAUUGGAGUCAUAUGGGCUCUCUCCAUCCUGUUUGCUGGUCCUUAUCUGAGCUACUACCAUAUUAUUCUCUACAACCAAGUUCCCAUCUGCAUCCCCAACUGGGAGGACAGGCGACGGAAGAUAAUGGAUGUGUCUACAUUUGUUUUUGGAUAUCUCAUCCCUGUGCUUAUCUUGGGUCUUUCUUAUGCCAGGACUAUCUGCUUCCUGUGGACUUCAGUAGACCCGGUAAAGACCGCUUCUGAAUCCCGUAAGGCUAAGCACAAGGUUACCAAGAUGAUUAUAAUUGUGGCAGUUCUGUUCUGCAUCUGCUGGCUGCCUCAUCAUCUUGUUAUCCUUUGUUUCUGGUUUGGACACUUUCCUUUCAAUAGAGCCACCUAUGCUUUCCGUCUAGUGUCUCAUUGUAUGUCUUAUGCAAACUCCUGUCUCAACCCCAUUGUGUAUGCCCUUAUCUCCAAGCAUUUCCGUAAGAGGUUCAAGCAAGUUUUCACUUGUAUGCUUACCCAGAAACGAGCACGCAAUAAAGUCCAUGCCAUCCAAGCUGCCAAUACAGUGGCUGGCUUCUAUGCUGGUCAUACUGAAGUCACACAGGUCCAAGAAGAUAACGGUCGUGGAGCACGGGCUAUAAGAGAAGAGGAUGUGGAAGAUGAAAGCCCAGGUGAUCCCUUAAGUAGCAAAAUGGUGGGUGGAAGCUGGGGGACACGGAUGCCCAAAGUAGUUGGCUUCCAAACUGAUACAACUUAAGUUAUCGCUUUCUCUACAUUGGCACCAAACAACAAUCACACUUGGUUUACAGUAUAUGGAAAAUGGGUCUGAUUAAAUAAGAAGAAAUAUGACAUUUAAAUGUCAGGAACGUUUACUAGUUUUUCAUACACUUUAGAAAAUGCCAAAUUUGGUUGUAAGCUUCAUAGUUCAAGAUCUGGAACUUGAAAUGCUCAUGUUUGGUAGAGUUACCUCUGGGUAUUUUUGGAUAGAAACUUUGGAAGUAGCUGGAUGAUGCUUUCUGGGUAUCAAGUUUAAAGGCAGUAAUUGUGAAUCAAUAUUUUAUUUUGUGAGGACAGAGUUAUAUAAUCCUUCCCAAAAGCUAAUUUUUCUGCACUGUAUAAUGCUGCUAAGUAUAUUUAAUAACCUCUAGCCUUUAGCGUGCAAUAUUUUAUUGAGAUGUAUAAAAACAUUUGUAAUAAUAUAUUUAUGUUUAUUUGUGUAUAUAUGUGUAUAUGUGUAUGUAUGUGUGUAAGUGUCUGCAUGUGUGUGUGCCGGUAUGUGUGUGUAUAUUUGUGUA